AUGAGUGAAUGUUUACUUAAAGUGCAAUAGCUUCAUAAGACUUGGAACUUGGAUAGAAGUGGGGUGAGAAAUAAUUUAGUUUUUAAGAUUUAUCCAGCAAACAAUUAUUUGAACUAAAAUGAUAAAAGAAUUAGAGGAAAUGAAGAAAUCUUUAUAGUAUCUGGCAGAAUUAUGAUGAUGAUAAUCAAAAUUAAAUAGUGGUGUGACAAAAACCUAUUGGUAAAUUAAGAGAAUAUAAAAUAUAGCUUCAUUUCAAAAGAGCAAAAAAAGAUUGUAAUUUGAGUAGAGAAGAAUAAUGA